AACAGAAAUGGAAUCUGUAUCUAGUCAAGAUGAUUAUGGUAAAGAAAGAUCAACUGAUAAUAUCAUUGAUGGGAAAAGUGGGGAGAACUCGAUUCUCAGUGGCUAUGGAAAAGACAGUGAGAAUAAUACCACCAACUCUAGUGUUGCAUCAGAGGGCAAUAUAAAUCAAAACAAUUCUGUACAAUUAGACUCAGUGGCAUCAAAAGACUCUACAUCUCUGUCAGAGGGUGUGUCAUUCUCAGAGGAUGGGAAAGCUGAAGUAACAGAUCAACAUUCAGAGUCCAGUGAUCAAAAUGAAGAGGACAUGCCCCCACUUAUAGAUAAUGAGAAUGUUACAAAGGAUGACAAUGAAAAGACAUAUUCUGAGAAGGAAACUGUUAAUGAUCAAGAUAAAGACAUUAAUUCUAGCACACAAAGCACAGGAAAUACAGACUCUCACAUUGAGAGUAUGAAUCCAGACAAUGUGAAAGAAAAUGAUGUUAAAGAUGAAUGUUUAAAAGAAAAUAAUGAAGAAGAGAGAGAUAAUACUAAGGAUGAAAAGAAAGAGGAGGAGGAAUAUCUAGAUAUUCUUGGAAAUGGGUCCCUUAAAAGAAAGAUUUUAAAAGCAGCAGCUCCAGAUGGUAAAAGACCGAUGACAAGUGAUGUUGUGACAAUCAAAGUUGAGGGUAAACUCAAAGAUGAGACUGUUGUUGAUGUAAACGAAUCAUUGACAUUUGUCUUAGGAGAUGGAGAUGUUAUUCAAGCUUGGGAUCUGGCUGUUGCCUUAAUGGAAGAAGGACAAAUAAUAGAACUUCAAACAGAGGCCAGAUUUGCUUAUGGAGAAAAAGGAAGGAAACCAGACAUUCCACCAAACUCUUCUGUUACAUACAUCAUAGAGUUGAUCAAAAAAGGUUACCCACUAGACUACGACAGCAUGUCUGCCACCGAGAGACUUAAAUAUGGUGAACAGAAAAAAGAAAGAGGAAAUUUUCUGUUUACAAGAGAAGACUACAUGUCAGCCAUUCAUUCCUAUACAAAGGCUGUCCAAAUUCUAGAUCCUGCAACUUGCUCCGAUUCAGCCGAGAAUUUACAGAAGUUAUUGGAGAGUCGACUGAAAUGUUACAAUAACAUGGCAGCAUGUCAACUAAAAACAAAUGCUCAUGAUGCUGCCAUUAAGUCAUGUUUAAAUGUCCUCGAUGUACAACCAGAGAAUGUAAAGGCUUUAUUCAGGACAGGAAAGGGCCAUGCAGCCAAAGGAGAGACGAAAGAGGGACUUAUGUACAUGAGGAAAGCUCAGAAAUUAGAACCAGACACAAAGGUCAUCAAUCAAGAAAUAAUGAAGCUGAGCAAGAAACUACAGGCUGAAAGUCAAUCAGAGAAGAACAUGUACCAGAAAAUGCUGGGACAGAAACCACAGACCAAAGUCAGCAAGCCAUCACAAUCCUCCAGUAGUAUGUGGAAGUGGACCUCAGUCAUAGGUGGGGUUACCAUAGCAGUUGUUGCCAUGGGAAUCACAGCAUACAGACAUUUACAACAUUGAAAUUGGUUGGCCCUGCACAGGGGAAAAAUGAAAAUACAAAUACAGCCCAUGAUUUGCCAUAAUAAACUUAAUGUUUACAUGCAUUAAAUGUUCUUAAGAUUGAUUGUCAUGCUUUUAUGUUCUUGCAGAUGUGAAUUCUUCCAUAGUUUAAAAUUUAUUGAAUAAAUCUUUGAAUGUCUUCUUAUUGAGUAGAAUGCAGUUUGAUAUGUAAUACAUUCAUUACAUGCUCACAUCUUUCAUUGGUUUAAAUUAAUGAUUACUUUCUUUUGUUUUGUUGUUGUUGUUUCUGUCAUGGAAACUGAAAAUUUAGAAUCGUAUGGGUAGAAAAUGCAUGUACAUCAGUCUUUUUGUUAUAAAAAUGUAACAUAUUUUACAAUGAAAUAUGCAGUCUUGA